AUGGCCGGUGGAGCCCUAAAGAGAGCUCAUCUCUAUGAGCAUCGAAUCACUGGUUACUUCAUAUUCGCUUGCGUCGUUGGAUCCAUGGGAGGCUCUCUCUUCGGCUAUGAUCUCGGAGUUUCUGGUGGUGUUACAUCAAUGGACGAUUUCUUGAUAGAGUUCUUCCCAGGAAUCUACAAAAGAAAACAGAUGCAUUUGAACGAAACAGAUUACUGCAAAUACGACAAUCAAAUCCUCACACUCUUCACCUCCUCUCUCUACUUCUCCGGUUUAAUCUCAACUUUCGGAGCCUCUUAUGUCACCAGAAUCCACGGUCGAAGAGGAAGCAUCCUCGUCGGAUCCAUAAGCUUCUUCCUCGGCGGAGUCGUCAACGCCGCCGCCAAAAACAUCAUCAUGUUAAUCCUCGGUCGAAUCUUCCUCGGCAUAGGCAUUGGAUUCGGAAACCAGCCGGUUCCGUUAUACCUCUCGGAGAUGGCUCCAGCAAAGAUUCGAGGAACCGUGAAUCAGCUUUUCCAGCUAACAACUUGCAUCGGCAUUUUAGUAGCUAAUUUGAUAAACUACAAAACAGAGCAAAUCCAUCCAUGGGGAUGGAGACUCUCUCUUGGCCUAGCCGUGGUACCAGCUACACUCAUGUUCCUCGGUGGGCUCGUCUUACCGGAGACACCCAACAGUCUCGUCGAACAAGGGAAGCUCGAGGAAGCUAAAUCCGUACUGAUCAAAGUUCGUGGCACAAACAAUAUCGAAGCUGAGUUUCAAGAUCUUCUUGAAGCUAGUGAAGCUGCAAGAGCCGUGAAGCAUCCGUUUAGGAAUCUUCUUGCUCGGAGGAAUAGACCACAGCUAGUGAUUGGAGCGGUUGGGCUCCCUGCGUUUCAGCAGCUAACCGGGAUGAAUUCGAUUUUGUUUUAUGCUCCGGUUAUGUUUCAGAGCUUAGGGUUUGGUGGUUCAGCCUCGCUUAUCUCGUCCACGAUCACAAACGCUGCGCUUGUUGUCGCGGCAAUCAUGUCUAUGUAUUCGGCUGAUAAAUUCGGAAGAAGGUUUCUUCUUCUUGAAGCUAGCGUCGAGAUGUUCUGUUACAUGGUUGUAGUAGGAGUAACACUAGCCUUGAAUCUUGGGGAAGGCAAAGAGCUACCACAAUCGCUCGGUUUGAUUCUUGUGGUGCUUAUAUGUUUGUUUGUAUUGGCGUACGGUCGGUCAUGGGGGCCAAUGGGAUGGUUAGUUCCAAGCGAGCUUUUCCCUUUAGAGACUCGAUCGUCAGGUCAGAGCGUUGUGGUGUGCGUUAACCUUUUCUUCACGGCGCUUAUCGCUCAGUGUUUCCUCGUUUCGCUGUGUCAUCUCAAGUACGGAAUAUUCCUUUUAUUCGCCGGACUUAUCUUCGGGAUGGGAAGCUUCGUUUACAUUUUGUUGCCGGAGACGAAGCAGGUUCCGAUUGAAGAGGUUUAUCUUCUGUGGAGACAGCAUUGGCUUUGGAAGAAAUAUGUCGAUGAUUAUGAUGAAAGAUGA